AUGGCUCAAGCGGCCAAACAGCUGAAGAAAAUCAAAGACAUCGAGGCGCAGGCCCUCCAGGAGCAGAAGGAAAAGGAGGAAUCCAGCAGGAAGCGGAGGAACCGCUCCCGUGACCGAAAGAAGAAGGCCGAUGCUGCUACCAGCUUUCUGAGGGCAGCAAGAUCAGGUAACUUGGACAAAGCUUUGGAUCACCUGCGGAAUGGGGUAGAUAUUAACACCUGUAACCAGAAUGGGCUGAACGGCUUGCACCUGGCCUCUAAAGAAGGCCAUGUCAAAAUGGUGGUUGAACUUCUGCACAAAGAGAUCAUUCUAGAAACGACAACCAAGAAAGGGAACACAGCACUGCACAUCGCCGCCCUGGCCGGCCAGGACGAGGUGGUCCGCGAGCUGGUGCACUAUGGCGCCAACGUCAACGCGCAGUCACAGAAAGGCUUUACACCCCUGUACAUGGCAGCACAAGAGAAUCACUUGGAAGUGGUGAAGUUCUUACUGGAAAAUGGAGCGAAUCAGAAUGUAGCCACAGAGGAUGGCUUCACCCCUCUGGCCGUGGCUCUGCAGCAGGGCCAUGAGAAUGUGGUGGCCCACCUCAUCAACUACGGGACGAAAGGCAAGGUGCGCCUCCCAGCUCUGCACAUUGCGGCUCGCAAUGACGACACCCGGACAGCCGCCGUGCUUCUGCAGAAUGACCCCAACCCAGACGUACUUUCCAAGACGGGAUUCACCCCUCUCCACAUCGCAGCUCACUACGAGAACCUCAACGUGGCCCAGCUGCUCCUCAACAGGGGGGCGAGUGUCAACUUCACACCGCAGAACGGCAUCACGCCACUGCACAUCGCCUCCCGCAGGGGCAACGUGAUCAUGGUGCGGCUCCUGCUGGACCGGGGGGCCCAGAUAGAGACGAGGACCAAGGACGAAUUGACACCUCUCCACUGUGCAGCUCGGAAUGGGCACGUGCGAAUCUCAGAGAUCCUGCUGGACCAUGGGGCACCCAUCCAAGCCAAAACCAAGAAUGGCUUGUCCCCAAUUCACAUGGCGGCUCAGGGAGACCACCUUGACUGUGUCCGGCUUCUAUUGCAAUACAACGCCGAGAUAGAUGACAUCACCCUGGACCACCUGACCCCGCUGCACGUGGCAGCCCACUGCGGCCACCACAGGGUGGCCAAGGUCCUUUUGGACAAAGGGGCCAAACCAAACUCCAAAGCCCUGAAUGGCUUUACCCCCCUGCACAUCGCCUGCAAGAAGAACCACAUCCGUGUCAUGGAGCUGCUGCUGAAGAUGGGAGCCUCCAUUGACGCAGUCACCGAGUCUGGCCUGACGCCUCUUCAUGUGGCCGCCUUCAUGGGGCACCUCCCCAUUGUGAAGAACCUCCUGCAGCGGGGGGCGUCGCCCAACGUCUCCAACGUGAAAGUGGAGACUCCGCUACACAUGGCAGCCAGAGCAGGGCACACAGAAGUGGCCAAAUAUUUACUCCAGAACAAAGCCAAAGUCAAUGCCAAGGCCAAGGAUGACCAAACCCCACUUCACUGUGCGGCUCGCAUUGGCCACACACACAUGGUGAAGCUCCUGCUGGAAAAUAAUGCCAGCCCCAACCUGGCCACCACCGCCGGGCACACACCCCUGCACGUUGCAGCCCGAGAGGGCCACGUAGAGACAGCCCUGGCCCUGCUGGAGAAGGAGGCGUCUCAGGCCUGCAUGACCAAGAAAGGAUUUACCCCUCUCCAUGUGGCGGCCAAGUACGGGAAGGUCCGGGUGGCAGAGCUGCUGCUGGAACAGGAUGCACAUCCAAAUGCGGCCGGAAAGAAUGGGCUGACCCCGCUGCACGUGGCCGUUCAUCACAACAACCUGGACAUCGUCAAGCUGCUGCUCCCACGGGGCAGCUCGCCCCACAGCCCCGCCUGGAAUGGCUACACUCCUUUGCACAUUGCUGCUAAGCAGAACCAGAUGGAGGUGGCCCGCAGCCUGCUGCAAUAUGGGGCGUCCGCGAAUGCAGAGUCAGUGCAGGGCGUGACUCCCCUUCACCUGGCUGCCCAGGAGGGCCACGCAGAGAUGGUCGCUUUGCUCCUCUCGAAGCAAGCCAAUGGCAACCUGGGGAACAAGAGUGGACUCACUCCCCUCCAUCUGGUAGCACAAGAAGGCCAUGUUCCCGUGGCGGACGUGCUGAUCAAACAUGGUGUCGCAGUGGAUGCCACCACCCGGAUGGGGUACACCCCACUCCACGUGGCCAGUCAUUAUGGAAACAUCAAGCUGGUGAAGUUCCUGUUGCAGCACCAGGCAGAUGUCAAUGCCAAGACCAAGCUGGGAUACAGUCCCUUGCACCAGGCGGCCCAACAGGGACAUACGGACAUCGUGACUCUGCUUCUGAAAAACGGGGCUUCCCCAAACGAGGUCAGCUCGAAUGGAACCACGCCUCUGGCAAUAGCCAAGCGGCUCGGCUACAUUUCCGUAACAGACGUGCUCAAGGUUGUCACGGAUGAAACCAGCGCAGUGCUGGUCAGUGACAAGCACCGGAUGAGUUUCCCUGAGACGGUGGAUGAGAUCCUGGAUGUCUCUGAAGAUGAAGGAACUGCUCACAUAACUGUAAUGGGGGAAGAACUUGCUGGCUCCAAGGCCGAGAAGCAGGAUUCCAGGGAUGUAGAUGAAGAGAAAGAGCUGUUGGAGUUUGUGCCGAAGCUAGACCAAGUGGUGGAAUCUCCAGCCAUCCCGAGGAUUCCUUGUGUCACACCGGAGACAGUGGUGAUCAGAGCUGAAGAGCAGGAGCAGGCCUUCAAAGAGUAUGACGAAGACUCGCUGGUCCCCAGCAGCCCAGCCACAGAGGCGUCCGACAACAUCAGCCCAGUGGCCAGCCCGGUGCACACGGGGUUUCUGGUGAGUUUCAUGGUGGAUGCCCGGGGAGGCUCUGUCCGGGGGAGCCGACACAACGGCCUGCGUGUGGUGAUCCCUCCGAGGACAUGCGCGGCACCCACCCGCAUCACCUGCCGCCUGCUCAAGCCCCAGAAGCUGAGCUCGCCGCCACCACUGGCUGAGGAGGAGGGCCUGGCCAGCAGGAUCAUUGUGCUGGGGCCCACGGGCGCCCAGUUCCUGAGCCCCGUGCUUGUGGAGAUCCCCCACUUUGCCUCCCAUGGCCGUGGGGACCGUGAGCUUGUGGUUCUGAGGAGCGAGAAUGGCUCUGUGUGGAAGGAACACAAGAGCCACUAUGGAGAGAGCUACCUGGGUGAGGCCCUCAGUGGGAUGGACGAAGAGCUGGAGAGCCUGGAGGAGCUGGAGAAGAAGAGGGUCUGCCGCAUCGUCACCACCGACUUUCCCCUGUACUUCGUGAUCAUGUCACGGCUCUGCCAGGACUACGACACCAUCGGCCCCGAAGGGGGCUCUCUGAAGAGCAAGCUGGUACCGCUGGUGCAGGCAACGUUCCCAGAAAAUGCUGUCACCAAGAGAGUGAAGCUGGCUCUGCAGGCACAGCCGGUCCCAGAUGAGCUGGUUACCAAACUCCUGGGCAAUCAGGCCACAUUCAGCCCCAUCGUCACCGUGGAGCCAAGGCGCCGGAAGUUCCACCGCCCCAUUGGGCUUCGGAUCCCACUGCCCCCUUCGUGGACAGACAACCCGAGGGACAGUGGUGAGGGAGACACUACCAGCCUGCGCCUGCUCUGCAGUGUCAUUGGAGGGACAGACCGAGCCCAGUGGGAAGACAUAACAGGCACAACCAAGCUCGUGUACGCCAGCGAGUGCGCCAACUUCACCACCAACGUCUCUGCCAGGUUUUGGCUGUCAGACUGUCCUCGGACAGCGGAGGCAGUGAACUUUGCCACGCUGCUAUACAAAGAGCUAGCCGCAGUGCCCUACAUGGCCAAGUUCGUUGUCUUUGCCAAGAUGAACGAUCCCCGAGAAGGGCGGCUGCGCUGCUACUGCAUGACCGAUGACAAGGCGGACAAGACCCUCGAGCAGCACGAGCACUUUGUUGAGGUGGCCCGGAGCAGGGACAUCGAGGUUUUGGAAGGAAUGCCCCUAUUUGCUGAACUCUCUGGGAACUUGGUACCUGUCAGAAAAGCUGCCCAGCAGCGGAGCUUCCACUUCCAGUCAUUUCGGGAGAGUCGCUUGGCCAUCCCUGUGAAGGUGCGGGACAGCAGUCGAGAGCCGGGAGGGUCCCUGUUGUUUCUGCGCAAGGCCAUGAAGUAUGAGGACGCCCAGCACAUCCUCUGCCACCUGAACAUCACCAUGCCCCCCUGCACCAAGGAGAGCGGAGCUGAGGAACGGAGGAGGACCUUGACACCGCUGGCCCUGUGGUACAACAUCCUCAGCGAGUCCACACUGGGCUUCCUCAGUGGGACAGACCGAGCAGAUAUGAAGCUGGCUAUUAUAUCAGAGCACCUCGGCCUCAGCUGGGCAGAGUUGGCACGGGAGCUGCAGUUCAGUGUGGAAGACAUCAACAGGAUCCGCGUAGAAAACCCCAACUCCUUGCUGGAGCAGAGCACAGCCUUGUUGAACCUCUGGGUCAUCCGGGAGGGAGAAUCCGCAAAGAUGGAGAGCCUGUACGCGGCCCUGCGGAGCAUCGACCGCGCUGAGAUCGUGAGCAUGUUGGAGGGCUCGGGCAGACAGAGCCGCAACCUGAAGCCGGAGCGGCGGCACGCAGACCGGGACCACUCGCUGUCGCCCUCCCAGGUGAAUGGUUACUCCUCGCUGCAGGACGAGCUGCUGUCCCCUGCCUCCUUGCACUACGCGCUUCCCUCUCUGCUGCCUGCAGACCAGUACUGGAACGAGGUGGCUGUCCUGGAUGCCAUCCCCUUGGCGGCCACGGAGCAUGACACCAUGCUGGAGAUGUCUGACAUGCAGGUGUGGUCCGCGGGCCUCACCCCCUCCCUGGUCACUGCUGAGGACUCCUCUCUGGAGUGCAGCAAGGCCGAGGACUCUGACGCCACGGGCCACGAGUACAAGCUGGAGGGGGCGCUCUUGGAGGAACUGCGGGGCCCCGAGCUGGGCUCUCUGGACCUUGUGGAGGACGACACAGUGGAUUCAGAUGCCACAAAUGGCCUUAUUGAUUUGCUUGACCAGGAGGAAGGUCAGAGGUUGGAAGAGAAGUUGCCAGGUCAUGAGAGGCAGGAUGGCUCCACAGGGGCAGGGCAGGACUCAGAGAGUGAGGUGUCUCUUGUUUCAGGCCAGCAGAGGGCGCAAGCCCAAAGCACAGAUGCCCCCUCCACGAGUCAGGUGCAGGAGAGGAGCCAGGACAGUCCCCCGGAUCACAGACUGCAGGACUGGGAUGGGGAAGGCUCCAUCGUCUCGUACCUGCAAGAUGCAGCCCAAGGCUCCCAAAGGACGGUCACCAGCAUCACAGGGCUGGAGCCCAGUGGGUCUCAGGAGCAAGAGAUGGUCCUGGCAUCUUUCGAAGGCCCCCAGGCUGACCAGGAACAGGGACAACGAGGCCACGGAGAGCACGUGCAGGCCUCGCUCCGCAGCCAGGCUCCCAGUCACCCAUCCGUGGCCAGUCUCACGUCGUCUGUAGCCCACCCCGCACAGCUGUUGGAGCGAAUGGCAGACGGCGUGUUACUGUGUGUCCUUUUGAUUGACGUGUUCUCACGAAACGCAUCCCGGAAGGGCCGAGCUGGUGAGGAGGCAGCGAGGAUGUGGACUUUCGUCACCCAGCUUCUGGUGAGCCUGGUGCUCCUGGGCUUCUUCCUGGUCAGCUGUCAGAACGUGAUGCACAUUGUCAAGGGCUCCCUGUGCUUUGUGCUGAAGCACAUCCACCAGGAGCUGGACAAGGAGCUGGGGGAGAGUGAAGGUCUGGGUGACGACGACGAGGCUGUCUCCACCAGGGUGGUCCGCCGGCGGGUCUUCCUGAAGGGGACGGAGCUUCAGAAUAUGCCAGCAGAGCAGGUGACAGAGGAGCAGUUCACGGAUGAGCAGGGCAACAUUGUCACCAAGAAGGUCAUUCGCAAGUUUGUUCGGGAGAUAGACUCAUCUGGUGCUGAUGACACCCAGGAGCACGAGGAGGUGGAGCUGAGAGGGAGUGGCCUGCAGCCGGACCUGGUAGAGGGAAGGAAGGGGGCUCAGGUAGUGAAGAGGGCCAGCCUGAAAAGGGGCAAACAGUGACCCCACACCUGUCUCUUCGGACUAGCCUCCUGGGAGGACCACACCUCGACACCCAACCCCUGAACUCCACACACUCUGCCAUGCACACAGGAGGAGAGCUGCACCGGAGGGCUACGGAAGCAGCUGUGUUUCUCUAAGCUCACGGCAAGACCUCUGUAAGGGCCUUCUUUAGUCUCCUAUUCGCAUGAACGGCGACUGUAGACGCAUGACCUGCAGUCCUCAACCCUGCCUCUAGCAACGAUGGAUCUCUGCUGGGAAUCAGGACAAAAGCAGCAAGACGGGGAGUGUGAGUGUGCAAGUGCAGACGCGAACAAGGGCUCUUUUGUGGCUGGGGAUGAGCUUUGGUUUUUUUUAAAAAUUGUUUUAAUUUUGACUUCGUACAGGGUACUUUGUUUUUUUCAACCUUAUCUGUAAGCAAUCCAUGUGGGCUUCCUGGAAAGGAAAAAAAGAAAAUAGAAAACUAGUCCUGAAAGCAGUUCAGCACCUUAAUUCCACAUCCCCUCCCCUUCGGUGGCCUUCCCCACCCCCACAGACCUCCAUUCCACUUGUGACAAUCCCCCCGUGCCCCAGUGGACUGCUCCUCCCAGAACGUCCCACGCGACGCUGGGGACACACACACUGACACACGCCCGUGCGCCUUUCCUGUCCACUUAGUGUAUACACAGAUUUUACUGUGACAUCUGAAGCUGUAUGGAAUCUCCUGUGGACAAACUGGAAUUUUUUAUGUUGUCUCUUUCUCUCUGCCAGUUUCAGUAAUAAUCAUCUUCCAGUGGAAAAUCAUUACCUUUAGAGUGUAUUCGGGGCUCCUUGUGUGGAGGACUGAAUCUGAGUUGAGGGCCCCAGGCUUAGGGUUCGAAGGGAGCCUGCCCCAUCUGAAAGGGUCUUCUCUCUCAGCUGGGGACGGGCUGGUGGCUCAGGAUUGCACCAGCAUGUUCCAUAGAGAAGGGGAUUUCUAUAUCUUCAAGCACUUACGUCAUAGUCUGUGUUCAAAGUGUCAACUGUACAGUAAUCAGCCUUGUGUAUAUGAAAAACAAUAAAUACUAUGCAAACCAAUAGAGACACUUUAGCAGUGCGUGCAAAGCACGAACAGCUCAGCUCCUGAGGACUUCUCCAGGCUACGGGAGGAGCUACAGGCUGGCUUUCAGUGAAAGAGGAAGGAAAGGGUAGGCCAGUGAAUGAACCUGCCAGUUCUCAGAGGUCAGGACGCACCCAGUCUCCCAGAGCCAACUUGGUGCUGUAGGUGCAGGUGGCCGCAGGCUGGGGGGUCGUGGGUGCAGGCCCGAGGCUCCAGGCUGGACGGCCUCAGUGCCCCCUCUGACCAGCCCCUGCUGCGCCCUCGGAGAGGCGGAGGAGGAAAGUGAAUGACACCAAAAGGCCAGGCUAUAGGGCAGGGCAGGAAGGGAGCAGACAGCUGGCUGUUCCUCGCCUCAGUGCCACCAGGGAAGAGCCUUAAGUCACACCAGAGCCUCCAGCAGAGGGAGGCCCGAAUCAGCACAAUCGCACCCGCCCUACUGGCGGCGCCCCCGGGGCCAGGAGAGAACUGGCGGGAGGGCUCUUCUCGCUGUCCCGAGGGCCGUUGUGCACGUCCAGUCACCUUCCUCCCCUCCUCGGGACACAUCCAAGUAGCACAGAUGCUCCCUCCGUGUCAGGCACCCCCGGCCCUGGGGCCUGAGCCCAGCCCCAAGGGCUCCCGACGGCGCAGCGGGGCCCCGGGGUGCAGGGGUCGCCCCUCCCGGCCCGCGCCCGCGCCCGCGCUUGGCUCCCCUCUGCGCCCGCGGCAUGGCUGCACGCCCCCGUUGCUAGUAGGAUUUCUUAGAGGAGGAGUCCGGGGUCUCCACACGAUGCCUAGAGAAUGCUGCAGUCUGCACAUUAGAUGCUUUUUAGAAGUUUUGAAAUUACCUUGAUUUUUUUAAUUGUUAUGAAAAUGAAUCUUCUGGACUCUCUCCCACAUGCUCUGUUAUGGGAGAGAAUCCCACUGCCCCCUCUGAUGUAUAGACCAUUCUCCCUACACCAGCUGAACAAUGUCAAAAUUAAUAAAGAAAUGGACUCAUGGCA